AGGAAAAAAAGUCUCAUUUUAUUUUUAGGUAAUAAAUCAUCAUAAGUCAAGAUGUCUUCAGCACCUGAGCCUCCAACCUUUGAAAAGGGACCUCCCAAAGAGAAAGACUUUCGAAACCCAGGGCUCAGAGGGGUCCGCACGACAACCUUAUUUCGAGCUGUGAAUCCAGAGCUCUUCAUUAAACCUAACAAACCUGUAAUGGCCUUCGGAUUGAUAACCCUUUCGCUUUGCGUGGCUUAUAUUGGUUAUCUUCAUGCAACACAGGAGAAUAAAAAGGACCUCUAUGAAGCUAUCGAUAGUGAGGGACACAGUUAUAUGAGGAGGAAAACAUCUAAAUGGGAUUAAUAGUGCUGGUUACCGCAGAUGAAAUCUUAUUAAGGCCUCCAAAAUCUUCUAAUGAAAGACUUUAUAGAGUGCACGAUAUUGUGUUUCUUGUUCAAGAAUAUGUUAAUAAGGAAAGAAAAUAGCAGUUGCGACCAGGCCACUGUAGUAAAUUUUGUCCUUUCAUAGCCGCAGCCAUUCUCUCUCUUUUUUCACAGAAAGAGCUUCUCAAUAUUUUUCUUUUAUUAAAUCCUCUUAUAAAAGCCAUGAGAAUGGAAGUCAUUUUUGUUAAUUAUUAAAUUCUAUCUAAUAAAAGUACCCAGUGCUG